GAUGGCGAUUGUUACUGGCGACUUAGCUGGCAAACUCAGGUUCCGGGCAUAUCACAGUUUGCUCCUGCUGACACUGCUUGUUAGCGCACGAGCCACUCCAUACUAUGUCAACUGUAGCUCGUCCGCACCUGGCAACGGUUCGUCGACGGCUCCUUGGAACUCGCUGACCCCGGUCAAUGGCUUCACCUUCCAGCCCGGCGACAUCUUAUCAUUUACAUCGAAUGUCACUUGCCAAGGCAAACUCGCCCCGCUAGGCAAUGGAAAUAGUUCGUCCCCGAUCCAGAUCACGACAUACCCAAUAGAUUCCACUGCCGGUCCGGCUAUCAUCAAUGGCGGCGGUGGCAAUGUGUCUCUGGCACUCACGAACCAAGACUACUGGCGAAUCACCAACUUAUCGAUCACAAACCCGGCCAGUCAACUCAGUCCGAGGCAGGGCAUUCUCGUGACAGUCAAUGAUGGCAAGAUCCACUCCGGGAUAACGAUCGACCACAACGUUGUUUACGAUGUAGCUGGCCAGACGAACAAGGCCCUUCACGCGUCAGAUUUCGCUAAGUCAGCUGGGAUUUCCAUUUUGGCCUCUCACGGCAGCUCCAUCAAUAACGUAUCAGUGAGUGAUAACGUUGUCCAUGAUUGCGGAGGCGGUGCCAUCAAAGUACGACCCGGCCAGACGGACACUCUCUCCCACAACGUCCGCGUCUCCUACAACAAGAUCUCCUCGUGUGGUGGGGACGGCAUCAUCAUUGCGACCUCUGAUUCACCAUCAAUCGACCAUAAUGUUGCUGCCGACCUGGGCACGGGGAAAUAUCCCUGGACGGGAGGCAACUUUGCGGGGAUGUGGGUCGAAACAUCGCGAGAUCCAGUCAUCAGCCACAAUGUCGUGUAUGGAACUACGAUGAGCGCCUAUGACAGUGAAGCCUUCGACUGUGAUCUCGGGGUCACCGGCACUUGCACCGUGGAGUACAACUACAGCCGCGAUAACGCUGGCGGGGCCUUUCUUAAUUGCGAUGGAUGCGGGACUACUGCCGGCACCGUGUCGAAGCAGGUGGUUCGGUACAACAUCUUCGAACGGGACUGUCGCAUCAUCAGUGUCGGGACCCUCCCCGAGUUGUGGCUCUACAAUAACAUCUUUUACUGUCCGGACCGCCUAUUUGACAUCAACGUGCCGCCCAACACUCGCUUUGUCAACAAUAUCUUCGUGGGCGCCGAGGCCAACGCGAGUCUGCCCACGGGUAGUGGCAUCGACUGGACAAACAACAUGUUCCAGAAAGUCCUGCCACCAACAGAGAAUGGGAUAUUCGGAGAUCCCAAAUUUCUGGAUCCUGGGCUGUCGGGCAGUUCACUUGGUUCGGGAUUUGGGUAUCGCGUGAAAGCCGGGUCGGCAGCUCUGGGAAAUGGGGUGGCGAUUGGGGAGAAUGGAGACCUGGACUAUUUUGGCAACCCAGUGUCAAGCAAUGCAGCGCCAAAUGUGGGAGUAUACAACGGAGGGGGAGUUGAUGAAGUAUCCAAAUCAGGCUAGCAAGAGAGCGGGACAACCAUAUGGUGGAAGAGGCAUUGACGUGAG